UUGUCUAACCGCGGACUGUUCGGACGUGAAAAGACAACGGUCUCAGAAAACAUAAUUUUUCAAACCAAUCGAAGUAAAACAAGACAGUCAGACGCACUACAAAAAUGCCUCCAGCCGCAAACAGCCAGGAAAUUUAUUUAAAUGUGAAAAACUCUUUAGAGAAGACAUUGUUAGAAAGAAUCAUGAUAUUUGAUGGUGGAAUGGGAACCAUGAUUCAGCAGCAGCGUUUUGAGGAGGAAGAUUUCAGGGGUACUGCAUUUGUUGAUCAUCCCAAAAGUUUGAAAGGAAACAACGAUUUGCUUAGUUUGACCAAACCAGACAUAAUUUAUCAAAUUCAUAAGGAUUAUUUAGAAGCAGGAGCAGAUUUCGUGGAGACAAACACAUUCAGUGGCACCACCAUUGCACAAGCAGAUUAUGGUUUAGAACAUAUGGUAUACAGACUGAAUCAUGAGUCUGCAAAAAUAGCAAAAAGGGCUGCCAAUGAUGUUACAGCAGCCACAGGUGUGCAGAGGUAUGUUGCAGGAGCCAUGGGACCAACAAAUAGAACCUUGUCAAUUUCACCAUCAGUAGAAAAACCAGAUUUUAGAAAUAUAACAUUUGAUGAAUUGGUAGAUGCCUACUAUGAACAAGCUAAAGGAUUACUGGAUGGCGGUUCAGAUGUACUCCUUAUUGAAACUAUAUUUGAUACAGCUAACUCUAAGGCAGCUAUUUUUGCAGUAAAUAAGCUUUUCCAAACAGAAAACAUAGAGUGUCCAGUAUUUAUAUCUGGAACCAUUGUAGAUAAAAGUGGGCGAACACUAUCUGGGCAGACUACAGAAGCAUUUAUCAUAAGUGUAUCCCAUGCUAAUCCUAUGUGCUUGGGUUUAAAUUGUGCAUUAGGAGCAGUUGAAAUGAGACCAUUUAUAGAAGCAAUCAGUAAUAACACUACUGCAUACACCAUAUGUUAUCCAAAUGCAGGUUUACCAAACACAUUUGGAGAUUAUGAUGAAACACCAGAAAUGAUGGCUGGUCACAUAAAAGCUUUUGCGGAAGAUGGAUUUUUAAACAUAGUUGGUGGGUGUUGUGGAACCACACCAGAACAUAUAAAGGCUAUUGCUGAUAUAGUGAGGAAUAAAAAACCCAGAGUACCUCCAGCAGACCUCAAGUCAGGAUACAUGAAAUUAUGUGGAUUAGAACCAUCAUACAUUGGACCAUUUACAAACUUUGUUAAUAUUGGAGAAAGAUGUAAUGUAGCAGGCUCUAGGAAAUUUGCUAGACUUAUAACUAAUGGCGAUUAUGAUGAAGCACUCAGCAUAGCUAAGACACAAGUAGAAAAUGGAGCACAGAUAUUAGAUAUAAAUAUGGACGAAGGAAUGUUGGAUGGGAUCAAAGCUAUGACAAAGUUUGUCAACCUAAUUUCAUCCGAACCAGAUAUUGCAAAAGUGCCACUGUGUAUAGAUUCCUCAAACUUUGCUGUAGUUGAAGCAGGAUUGAAAUGUACACAGGGAAAAUGUAUAGUAAACAGUAUCAGUUUAAAGGAAGGAGAGAAGGAUUUCUUAGACAAAGCCAGUAAAGUGAAACAGUAUGGAGGUGCUGUUGUUAUUAUGGCAUUUGAUGAAGAAGGACAGGCCACAGAAACAGCAAGGAAAGUAGAAAUAUGUACUAGAUCGUAUAGAUUAUUGGUAGACAAAGUUGGUUUUAACCCUAAUGACAUUAUAUUUGAUCCCAAUAUCCUGACCAUUGCUACAGGGAUGGAAGAACAUAAUGGAUAUGGUAUCACAUUUGUUGAAGCUACAAAGAAAAUAAAAGAAACAUUACCAGGUGCUAGAGUUAGUGGAGGUGUAUCAAACUUCUCAUUUUCCUUUCGUGGUAUGGAAGCUGUCAGAGAAGCUAUGCACAGUGUAUUUCUUUAUCAUGCUAUAAAGAAUGGAAUGGACAUGGGAAUAGUAAAUGCUGGAUGUUUACCUGUAUAUGAUGAUAUUGAACCCAAAUUAUUGGAAAUGUGUGAAAAUCUUCUCUGGAAUAAGGAUCCAGAUGGCACUGAAAAAUUGCUAGUAUAUGCUCAGGGAAUGAGCAAAGAUGCCAAGAAAGGUGUGGUUAGUGAUGAAUGGAGAGAAAAAGAUGUGGAAGAAAGGUUGCAAUAUUCACUAGUGAAAGGUAUAGAUAAGUUCAUUGUUGAAGAUACAGAGGAAGCCAGAGCUAAUAAAGAUAAUUAUCCUAGACCUUUAAAUGUUAUUGAAGGACCUUUGAUGAAGGGUAUGAGUGUGGUUGGAGAUCUAUUUGGAGCUGGGAAGAUGUUUUUACCCCAAGUAAUAAAAUCUGCCAGAGUGAUGAAGAAAGCUGUUGGACACCUCAUACCAUUCAUGGAGGAGGAAAGACAACAAAAGAUUGCACUAGGAGGGGAUGAUGAUGAAGGAAGUCAGUAUACAGGGACUGUAGUCCUGGCCACUGUUAAAGGAGAUGUACAUGACAUUGGUAAAAACAUUGUAGGUGUGGUAUUAGGAUGUAAUAAUUACAAAGUUAUAGAUUUAGGAGUAAUGACACCAUGUGAAAAGAUCUUAGAGACAGCAAUACAGGAAAAAGCAGAUUUUGUUGGAUUGUCAGGAUUGAUCACUCCUUCACUUGACGAAAUGAUCUUUGUUGCUAAGGAAAUGGAAAGAAUAGGAAUGAAAUUGCCAUUGUUGAUAGGAGGUGCCACUACGUCUAAAACACACACUGCUGUAAAGAUCGCACCAAGAUAUUCACAACCAACAAUACAUGUACUAGAUGCAUCCAAAAGUGUAGUUGUUUGUUCCUCUCUGCUGGAUAUGGACAAUUUUGAUGAAUUCACAGAUGAUAUUAAGGAAGAAUAUGAAGAAAUAAGAGAUGAACAUUAUGAUUCUUUAAAGGACAGAAAAUAUCUGAGUUUACAGAAAGCUAGAGAAAAGAAGUUUUGUAUAGAUUGGGUUACUGACCCACCAGUAGGAAGACCUACAUUUUGUGGAGUGAAGAAAUAUGAAAAUUAUGAUUUAAAUCAUCUGGUGCCAUACAUAGACUGGAAACCUUUCUUUGAUGUAUGGCAACUGAGAGGAAAAUAUCCAAACAGAGGUUACCCUAAAAUCUUCAAUGAUAAACAAGUUGGACCAGAAGCAAAGAGAGUGUACAAUGAUGCACAAACAUUACUGAAGAGGAUAAUAAAUGACCAGCGACUGAAAGCUCAUGGUGUUGUAGCUUUCUACAGAGCUAACAGUAUAGGAGAUGAUAUAGAAGUAUAUGGUGAUGAUGGUCAGGUCAUAACUGUCUUACGUGGACUAAGACAACAGGCAGAGAAGGAUGUAAAUGAUAAGAGUGCCUAUUUGUGUCUGUCUGAUUUCAUUGCUCCAAAAGAGACCGGAUUAGUAGAUUACAUUGGUUUGUUUGCUGUCACAACAGGUCAUGGAGUCCAGGAAAUAUGUAAAGAAUAUGAAAAACAGUAUGACGAUUAUGGAAUCAUAAUGACAAAGGCAUUAGCUGACAGACUAGCUGAGGCAUUUGCUGAAGAGUUACAUGAAAAAGUGAGAAAAGAAUUAUGGAGUUAUUCAAAGGAGGAAGUAAUGGAAACACAAGACUUACUCAAAGUCAGAUACAAGGGAAUUCGCCCUGCACCAGGAUACCCUAGUCAGCCCGACCAUACAGAGAAAGAGACUAUGUGGCAGUUACUACAAGCCUCAGAUGUAGGAAUACAGUUAACAGAAUCUCUAGCCAUGGACCCAGCAGCUUCUGUAUCAGGAUUAUAUUUUAGUCAUGGAAAAUCAUCUUAUUUUGCCACUGGAAAGUUGGCUAAAGAUCAGAUUAUAGAUUAUGCAAGCAGGAAAGAAAUGAAAGUGACUGAUGUUGAAAGAUGGCUAGGAUCAGUCUUGGCAUAUGAUGCCUGAAAAAGAAUGUAUUGUGUGGUGAAAUGUGACUCAAAUAGGAUAAAAUAUUUUCAUGUGAUUUACAUUCUGUAUGAAGGAGACAUGGGACCAUAUAGAUAUUGUUUUAGAUAUAUUUAUGCCCAUCCAACAAGUGGCCAUGACAGAGGAUAGUGCACAGGAAAUCUGAAGUUCUGAACAGAAAAGGGGAUACAUUUGAAUAUGAUAUAACAAUUUUUUUUGUUGCAUUUUUGCUUACUGACUGAUAAAAACCAAAACAAACAAAAAACUCAAUGUUUUUAUCUAUAUUUUGUAAGCUUUAAAUUUUUACUAAUUUAUUGUCAGCAAAACAGGAUGUGUGGAGAAUCUUUAAAAUAUAACUCUUGGUAUUCCACAUUUAGAUUUUUUUAAUGUCAUGAUAUAAUAACAUUACAAUUUAUAUUAAGUUACAAAUACUUACUAAAAAUGUUUGUUUGAAACUUGUUUACUUUUCUGCAAAGACUGAAUUUGAAAAAAAAACAUUUUGUACACAAAAAAAGACGUUGUAAGGUUGUGAACAGUUAUGAUAGGACAGUUCAAACGCUCUUUGACUCAUCACUACAAAACAAUUUGUAAAAUAGAUUGAUUAGACUUAAAGAAAGAUUUUUUUAAAUUUGAUUAUAUUGAUCUUUGUAAUGACCAUUCCCUCACCAUCAUUGAUAUUAACAUACCUGUUAAAAGUUAUGAUCUUAAUGAUUUCAAAUGUAGCUGUAUGAAGUUCUGUUUUAUAUUUCUCUUUAAUGUUAGUGAACAAACAAUAAUCCAUAUAAUUGCUGAUUGAACUAUAAAAUCAUGAAUGUGUCCAGACUAAUUGUUUGCUUUUAUUAUGCAUUUGUCUUCGAUGUUUUUAAACAUUUAUUAUUUGUUUUUAUGAGUUUAUGAGUUAUUGGUGGUUAAGAAUUGAAACAUUUGGUAGAUAAUUAUUUUGAAAUGGCACUUGCUUCUAGUGAGUCAAUGUGUUCAUUUGGCAUAUUAUGUUAGCUAAUUAUGUUUUUCUUCUCUGAAGACUGGUAGGAGAUUAUACAGCACUUUGCAUCUGUUGUUUAGUAUUGUUCACCUUUAUAAAACCUUCAUCUCUUAAACCAUUUAGAAUCAAACUUGACUGCAAUCAUUCUUGGGAUACCAUGUUUGAAAAUCAUAAACCAAUUAACAACCAUGGCUUUCAUUACCAUAAAUAGAACAUAGGAGUAAAACAGGCACAUGUGGCACUCAUUUUCCAGAUUAGAUUUGUUCCUCUACUUGUUAAUGUAAUUGUAGCCCUUGAAUCUGAACAGUAAAUUUUUGUGUGCUUUGUAUAUAGUUUUUAUAGCAGAUAUUAAGCAUUUUUUUGUGUGUGUAUUUGUGUUAUGAGUAGUUUCAGAUCUUAUGAACAGUUGAAAGCCAUUGAUUUACUUCUUAUCUAAUUAAAGGUUAUGCUGGGUAUGGGAAAGCUCUGUAUAAUGUUGGAUUAGCCAGACUUAGUUUACCAACUGAAAAGCUUAAAAAAAUUUUUAGAUUUAAGACUUGAAUUAAUUCGGUUUUGCAAGAAAAUAUGAAAUGUAAAGAGUUACUUUGCAUUUUUUAGCUGUCUGCUGAGUUUUAUGUUUACGAAUUUUUAUUUUGAUACAAAUUAAAAAAAAAGUCAACUUAAUACAAUAUCGUAGCAGCUUAUUGUCAGUGGCCAUGAAAUAGCCAAUAGUACUGAAAGUUGUAUUAAAACACCAAUCAAUCAAUCAAUCAAAGAUACCAGACUUUAUAAUUUGAUAUGCCAGACACAUGUUUCAUCUAGAUAAGACUCAUCAAUGGGGCUCAAAUCAAAAGAGUUGGUAGGUUAACAAUAAAACAAUUAAACUGUUCAGUAGAAAAAUUCAUUAAAAAACUCUUUUAAGCUUCUUAUUCUGUUAUUUAUCAUGAAUAUAUUAAAGUGCAUUUUCAUGUCAAUAUUCAUUUUUGUAUCUUUAUUGUAUAAUUUUGUAAUUCUAGUACGUGUAUAUUUGUACAAAAAUUUGCAAAUUUACACUAUAAAAUUGAAAAUUUUUACUGUAUGAUAAAUAUUUUUUAUGAAACCUUUGAUAUUAAUAGGCAUCUGAUCAAAAGAAUUUAUCAUUUUAUGUAAUAAGAAAAAGGAAUCUCUAGCUAGCUUGGUCAUUUAAGCUAUGCCAGUUUUUGAGGCUUUGGUAUCUAAAAGAGUUCCAAAUGGUAUAAACUCGUAGAUACCAGGAAUAAAAUUUUGUAGGAUAUGAUUAGAUUUUGUGCCAGUGGAUACUAAUGACAUGCAAUUGAUUGUACAUAUGCCCCUACAUAUUAAGGUGCUCUUUUAAAUGGCAUAGCACUAUUUUCUUUAAAAUCUUAGAGUUUUUAUUCAAAUUUAGUCACAAAUGCUUUAUAAGGGAUUAGAGAUUUUAACAAACUUUGUUCGGAGAACCUUUAAAAUCCUUUCUUUAAGAAAUAUUAUUUGACCCUAACAACCAAAUAAAUAUCCUUUUAAUUUGUCUUGGAAGAUCACAAUUUUCAUUCAACAUAGCCAGCCCCCAUUAAUGAAAUCAUAAAUUUGACAAUCAUACAGUUACAUCAUAUACAACUAAUCAUUUCAAACUUUAAGAAAACAAUAUAGUUUUGGUAUCUUGCUAAGACAAUUCAUUGUCAAACAGGGCACCUGUAUUACUUAGAAUAAGAUAAUUUUACCAAACUUUAAUGAUUUUUUGUAAACCUGUAAUAAGUCAAUGACCUCCAAGAAAUUGCACAUAAAUGUGAGCAAUACAGUUACUUAGAUUUUUGAUAUAGUUUAGAUAGACAAUCAUAUUUGAUUCUUUGGAAUGUAGAGGUUUGACUUCUGGUCUUUGUAUGUCAAAUGAUCUCAUUAGUCCAUAAUGUGACAAUAUAUGCAGGUGUUUGUUAUGUUUGUUAUAAUUUUUAUUAAUCAUAUAUGUUGUUAAACAUUUUAAAUUUAGAUUGAUUUAUUUAUGGCUAUUAAACUUUCAUUGGUUUUACAUUGAGACAAUGCAAGUUUUCAUAAAAAAAGUGCAAUUUUAAACAGACUGCAAUGAAAUCUUCUUCAAAUAGUAUCAAUAAACUCCCCCUCUUUCUUCUUACCAGAUAGUUUCAACAUAUUGUGAAAACUAGAGAAUUAAAUGUUCUUAUCAAAACCUAUGGACUUCUCAAUUUUCAGGUAGAUAUUUUUAUCAAUGAAAUAAAGAAAGUACCAUAGUAGAAAAAUGGAAGGAGUUCCAAAGGCAGAUAAUUCAAACUAAAAAAAUAUACUAUUCAAUGGAUACAUUUAGAGUUUGACAUGCUUCUAAGCAUUUUGUUAUUUAAAAGUAUCCUUUGUGAAAAGCAAAACAGAAUUCCAAUUUAUACCUUCAUAUAGUGUUUUAUAAUCCAAGGGGGAAUAUUUUGUGAUUCAUGUAAGCAAGAUGUCUAACAAGGGUAAACUGUUAAGCAAGUUUUUGUAAAAGAAACUAUAUCUAUUUUUAUACAUCUUUUUAAAACAAUUCUGUAUGAUUUCAAAAAUUGAUUCAAAUGUUUUAUUUGUAUAUUGUUACUGCAUAUUUAUUGAAAUAAAGGUUUAAAAUUUU